GAGAGGAGGCGGGGUCAGAGAUACUGACACUGAGCAGAGAUUGAGGGGGAGACGGAGCUUGAGAGACACGGAGACUACGAGAGACUCAGAGACUGAGAAUGAUGCUCAGACUAAAGAGACUGUUAUAGAGACGCAGAGAUUGGGAGACACAGAGAGACAGAGAUUGAUGAGACUUGGAGAGACAAUAACGAGACAGAGACUUGGAGAGACAAUAGACUGGGGGAGAGAGAGACUUGGAUGGACAACUUAGGGACGGGGGAGACAGACUCGGAGAGACAAUAACUUAGAGACGGCGCGAACACUGGGGGAGACAGACUUUGGGAGAAAAUAACUUAGAGACUGGGGGAGGCAGAGACUUGGAGAGACAAUAACUUGGAGACUGGGGGAGACAGAGACCACUCAACUUGGGCUGGGUGUCAGGGAGAGGAGAUGAGACACUGAGGGCGCCCGAGACCACUAUGACGGGGGAGGAGCCGGGACGGAGCUAGAGCCUUCGGGAGCCUUGACCCGGGCUGGCCCUUGGGGAGCCCGCGGGGAUGGGGGCCUGACGCUGGAGCUGCCGGAUCCAGGAGGAUCCUGGCCUUUGGGAAGAGCUGAGCUGACCUCGCCCUGAUCCCCAGGCAGCCCAGGCCAGGUGGGGCUGGGUGGGGCCAUGGCAGGCACCCCACUCCUGCAUGGGGAGUUUGGCUCCUAUCCGGCCCGAGGCCCCCGCUUUGCGCUGACACUCACCCCAGUGGCCUUGCAUGUGCAGCGGCUGCGCCCCAGACCGGAGGCCUGGCCCCAGGGGGGCCUGGUCCCUCUGGCUGAGGUCUCCGGUUGCCGGACCUUGCGCAGCUGCUCCCCUAACGACUCUGCUGCUUACCUGUGUGUCUACACUUAUCCCCGGGGCCGGCGGGGGGGCCGCCGGCGGGCAGCUCGGACCUUCCGGGCUGACCGGGCCCCCGACUACAAGGAGAAUCACGCAGAAGCCCAGCGCUGGGCCACUGCUCUCACCUGCCUACUUCGAGGGGUGCCCUUGCCUGGGGACCUUGAGAUCACACCGGAGCUCUUGCCCCGGCCCCCGCGGCUGCUCCUAUUGGUCAAUCCCUUUGGGGGGCGGGGCCUGGCCUGGCAAUGGUGUAAGAACCACGUGCUGCCUAUGAUUUCCGAAGCGGGCCUUUCCUUCAACCUCAUCCAGACGGAGCGGCAGAACCACGCCCGGGAGCUGGUGCAGGGGCUGCGCCUGAACGAGUGGGACGGGAUCGUCACCGUCUCCGGGGACGGCCUCCUGUACGAGGUGGUGAACGGGCUCCUGGACCGGCCAGACUGGGAGGAAGCCGUGAAGAUCCCGGUGGGAGUCCUGCCCUGCGGCUCCGGCAACGCUCUGGCUGGAGCCAUCAAUCAGCAUGGGGGGUUCGAGCCCGCCAUCGGCCUAGAUCUGCUGCUCAACUGCUCCCUGCUCAUGUGCCGCGGGGGCGGCUCCCCGCUGGACCUGCUCUCGGUCACCCUGGCCUCCGGAGCCCGCUGCUUCUCCCUCCUCUCCGUGGCCUGGGGUUUCGUGUCCGACGUGGACAUUCAGAGCGAGCGCUUCCGGGUCCUGGGCCCGGCCCGGUUCACCCUAGGCACGGUGCUUCGGCUGGCUUCCCUCCACGUCUACCCGGGCCGUCUCUCCUACCUCCCGGCCUCCCCCCCGGCCUCCAACGGCCCCCCGGCUGCACCCCAGCCCCUUCCCCGCGCUGCCUCCGAGCUGGCCCUGGCCCCGGCCCCGGCUUCGGCCCCUUCGCCAGAAACACACUCCCCCUUGCACCGCUCUGUGUCAGACCUGCCUCUGGCCCGAGGGCCGGACUUCCCCCGUGGGCCCCAGGAAGACCCCUCGCCCUCCCCGCCCCCUUCCCCAGGGCCCUGCCUCCUGUCCCCUGACCCGCCCCUCCCCCCUGGGCCUCCCUCCCUGGGCCACAGCCCCCCGGGCUCUCCGGCCUCUCAGACAGGGGCCUCCUGUGGGCUCCCUCCCUCAGAAGGGCCUCGGGAACCCCCGGCCCCCAUGAAGGCCCCGGCGUCCCCCGACACACAGACUUCCCCGGAUCCCGCGGCUUCUCCCGAUUCGGAGUCCCCUGCCCCCGGGACCCUCCACGGCCCCAAGGAUGACCUGUUGCCCCCCCUUGGCUCCCCGCUGCCCCCAGGCUGGGUGACCCUGGAGGGUGACUUUGUGUUGAUCCUGGCGCAGUCCCCGAGCCACCUGUGCGCUGACCUGGUGGCGGUCCCCAAUGCCCGGUUUGGGGACGGGCUGGUGCACUUGUGCUGGGUUCGAGGAGGGGUUUCCAGGGCCUCCCUGCUGCGACUCUUUCUGGCCAUGGAGAAGGGGGGCCACUUUGGCCUGGGCUGUCCCCAGCUAGGCUACGCUACCGCUCGAGCCUUCCGCCUGGAGCCGCUCACGCGCCACGGCAUCCUCACAGUGGACGGGGAACAGGUGGAGUACGGGCCUCUCCAGGCCCAGAUUCACCCCGGCCUGGGGACCCUGCUCACAGGUCCCGAGGCCCCGGGAUCCCAGCUGGCCGGGGGGGAGGCCUGGGGGCCCAAGUGUGGCCCGGUCCCCUGGGGAGGGGGCAAAGUCUAGCCUGAGCCUGGCUGGCAGGAAGUCUAAGCGGGCCCGGGCCUGCUUGUUGGGGGGAGGCCGGCCAGCCUGAGCCAGCAGGUCCACGGCUUCCCUGUCCGGGCCCAGGCCCGGGGGGGAGGGGUGGCCUCUGCUGGAGGACGGAGCGCUGCCCCGCGGCCACUGGCCCGUUCCUCUCACCUCAGGGGACGAGGCUGGUCACCCAGAGCCAGCCUCCACACAGGGACCAGGCUGGAGAUAGGGUCUCCAGGACCUCCUGAGGGCAGAGCCUCCCCCUCCUCAGCCCCAUGAUGGGACCCAGAAUGUGGGGGGCACCGACGGCAGACUGCCUUCCUUGGGCCCCCAGACGGGGGUGCCCCUUCUGCCUCCUUUGCUCCUGGUGAGCAUCCCCCCCCCCGUUCUUUUGCACUAGGACCUCCUCCCUGAGGAGUGGGGCAGACCCCUGCCCCAGUUUCCCUCCUCUACCCCAGUGGUCUUCAAGGCUACAGCCUCUAUGCAAUAAACAGUAACUACGCUUGCUUCA